AUGAUACGUGAUAUUGCACCACCACUUCAAGGUUCAAAAUCGAAAAUAUCUGCAUCCGAUCCGAAUUCAUCAAUUUUUCUCACCGAUUCACCGAAAGAUAUCAAAAACAAAAUAAACAAACAUGCAUUCAAUGGAGGAAAAGAAACAAUUGAAGAAUAUCAUGCUAAAGGUGGUGAUUGUGAAGUUGAUGUAUCUUUUCAAUAUCUUAGGUCUCUUAUGGAUGAUGCUCAAAGAUUUGAACAUAUUCGACAAAAUUAUUCAUUGAGAAAAUUAUUAACUGAUGAAUUGAAAAAGAUUUUAAUUGAACUUUUGCAAGAAUUAGUUGGUCAACAUCAAGAACAACGAAAAGAAGUGACUUUGGAUGUUGUACGACAGUUUAUGACACGAAGACAACUUCAUUUUCAUUACUAA